GACCUAAUCUCAACACCCCCUGCCGCGCACACGUCCUAAGGCUCUCCUGCUCCCUCCUCUGACAACCGCCUUCUACUUGUUCAAAGUCUUUCUAGUGGCCUAUCAUCCUCCCAAACCCUUCCCUUCCCCAGCACAAACCGCCCUCCCACAAUUGGCUUUCCCUUAUGACGUCGCGCCCAUAAGCAGGCACGUCCCAUGUGAUUCCUACCCCCAUUUCACAGCCACCCCCGACCCGCGUUCCCGCCAUGAAGCCUCCGGGCGGGGUUCAUCCGGUCCCGGACCUUCACCCUCGUUGGCUGCCUCCCACACUCAUGCGCAGCGACGUGCGCGAGUCUUAUAGCUCACCAGGCGGUCACUCACAAUAACCAUGCUUGCGAGCCUUUCAUCCCGCCUUCUCGAUGUGCGGGUAGAAUACCAGCGCGGCGCGGAGGAAGAAGAGGACUCGACGAUCCUCGUCGAUGUCGACGCGCUUCGUGCGCUGAGCCUACCAGACAUCCUCCCUCCAGGCGUAUCCGACACGCUUAUCCCUGGCGUAGCGACGCGCUUCGCGGGCCUAUGCACCCGGAUCUACGGCGCGUUGGGGGAUGAUGUGUACACGCUCUCCCAGGCAUUGUUAGCCUUGGAAGACGCAGGGGAUGAGGAGGCUGAGGGAGAAGAGCCCCCGAUAUCCAAAUCCUUGCGCGCCCCUCACCUCCCCCACCGUCGCCAGCGCCGCCGGAUCGGCUUGCGGCCCCGCCCUACCCACCUGCAAGACACCCUUCUCCUUCCCAGUCCUCGCCCCUGCGUCCCCUCCAUCAUUCUAUCCCCUGCACCUCCUUUACCCUCACCCACCGCCUCCUGCACACCCUGGCAAGACGUCGCCUUCGGGUCGCGUUUGAGUGUUCCCGGACACCCUGCCUUCAACGCUGCACAUCCGCCCUUGUUAGCACGACCGCUACCUGGCAGACCAGACGCCUGGGAAUGGCGCGAAAGGGAAGGACGGUGGGUAGCGUUGCUGCCGGGUUUGGAUGCGCAGACUGCGCGGGGGCUGUUCUCGCGGCCGAUAUCUGUAAAAUAUGGCGAUGCUUCUGGUUGCCCACGUACUAUCCUUCGUAUACCUACGACAUACCCGCUGCUGCUCCUACGAGCAGCACCACAUGUACUACUAUCGCACAGUCUAUGCGCAUCGAGCGUUCGCUGUUCA